AACAAUUUUAAUAAAAGCUAUGGAACCUUCUAAUUAACUCCUAAAGCGUCUUGUUGUGGUUCAAAGUGACGUCGUCGUUGUCGGUCGUAUUGGGCAUAAGAGGUGUAAAUUUACCAUUUAGUAUUUCAUUAACAUUCGAACGAAACAGUUGGGUGUUUUUCAUUAGGAUUUUUAUUUUUAUUUAAUUUUUUAAAAAACAAACAAAACAACAACAAAAUGUGUGAUGCUCUAUGUGAAUGUCUAAAGUGCCCAGCUAAAGUGGUCUGUUGUUGUUGCAAAUGUGCUUGCAGCAUGCUAAUGGGAGUAUUUUCAAUCAUAAUCCUUCUAAUCGUUAUUGGUGUCAUAGUUUACUUUGUUGUUUUCCACAAUAAAGGCAAAGGAUCACCAGAGGUUACAACAGAAUCAGUUAAAGCCCUAAUGUCUGGAGUAACACCUUCAACGUUUAAGGGUUUCUUUCAUCAGGCACAAUAAAUUCUUCACUAACAUUUAGACAAUGGAUGGAUAUAGUUUUUAGAAGAUUUAAAUUAUACUUAAGUAUAAGUACUUAAAAUAUUAAGAUAAAAAUAUGACAACAAUUGGCCCUAAGAUUUUGUUUUAGAUUUUGUGAUUUUUAAGGUUUUUCCAAAUUCACUUUUAAGUUUCCUUUGGUUUUUAAACUUUAAGGAAGAAAAAUUGUAAUUUAUUUAUUUAAACAAAUAAAUAGUACUUCAAUUUUAAUGUUAAAAAAAUAAUUUAAUUCCUACUUUUUUGAUUUGGGAGUUAUAUUCUAGGAACUUUAAAAAUUUUAAAUUUGCAGUUGUUUCUUAGGAUACAGUGAUGCUCCAAAUUUCAAUUCAAAACGUGAACUGACGUUUUUUUAACAACGGACUUAAACAACUUUUAAAUCAACUCUUAUAAUAUUUUUUAACACCAUGUUUUUUAAUAA